ACUGUAAUAUUUUAAGUUUAUAGUUUUUUCGUAAUAAGAAUCAUUGACAAAGCAAAUAAAAUCAAUUUAAUAAGUUAUCUUCAACUCAAAUAGUUUUAGAUUAACACAUACAGAAUAACAAAAUUAUUUUAUCUACCCAAUAAUCUAACUCAUAUACUUAUUACAGAACACUUUAAAUGUUAUUAUUUUUUAUUGGUUUUAUUUAAAUAAAAAACUGCACUCUUUUUUUUUUGUUCUGUCAAAUGCACCAAGUAUUUUAGUGAAACCACAUAGAUGUAUUGUUAUCAGUGCUUGAAUUUGCCUUGUAUACUUAUACUCAAGUAUUUCACUACUUGAGUGUAGGCCUACUGAUACUUGUAUACUCUUAUGAGUAUACAAUCUGUCAUGUGACCGUGAACUAUAACACCAAUGUUAGGUUAGGACUAGAAAUAGCAAUAGCUUGAAACUAGCCUAAAACAGCAUUGCUACUUUGUGAUAUUCUUACAGAUUGUUAUACUUUUCUUUCGUUAAUUAGGAAUUUGACUUACAUAUCAAUAAUGUAGUUACAAUCAGUAGAAAGUAGUUUUUUGUUUUAUUGUCUUGUAGAAAACCAGAUUGGUAAAGUGCACUUGUUUGAAAUGGAACAUAAUAAUGUAAGUUCUCCAAAUUUUAAUUUUUUAUCACUAAUAUUUGCAGCAGUAUCCUAUAUAUUUUAUAUUGGGAACUACCUAAAAUACUAUUUACCUUUGUAUUUUUAGUUAGCAAUAAGACAUAUUGUCAGAUUACUUUGUGCAAGUAAAGACAUAACUUUGCACAAUAAAACGUUAAACAUCUAUUGCCUAUGGAAAGUGUUCCGUCCAUUAAAAAACUAUUUUUAUACUCAGGUUAGCACCAAACGUUAGCAGUCAAAAUUUGUGCCUUAAUUUGAUUGAUUGCAUUGCAAUACAAUUUUUUGACUUAUGAAACAAACAUCUGAAAUAUAGGUUUAUGUAAUAGUGUCAUUAAAGUUAUCCAUAAAUAAAGUGUUUUGUUUGAUAUGAGUAGAAGUAGAGGGGAACUUUUUCACCUUUCACUUCUAAGAAACCACUAAGAAAAAGAGCUGAGGUGAAGCUGGCUCUAGCUCACCUGGUCUAUUUAGGUGAGAUAUCCAUUUCAUUAUCUAAAACCAAUGGGCAAUGGUCCAACUAAAGAUAAGGGAUUUACUAAUAAAAGUGUAACCGAAAGAAAGAAAAGUAUGUUACUCACAGUAGGAUGUUACCAAUAAUGUUGUUGAAUAAUCUAAAUCCAUUCGUAACUGUUGUUGUUAAUUCCAAGUGUUUUACACAUGCUUGCAGCUGUUAAAAUUUGCACAAAACUGUUAUUGACUGUAAUUUUUACUUUGUCAUGUGUAAAAGACAUUGUUAUUGGUUUGUUAGAAAUAAAUUUCUGUGCAAGCUUAUUUGUUUUUUAUUUAAUGAUAACAUAACCCUAUUUACAUAGUAUUAAUGAUUUAGGGAGUUUUUUUUUAUGUAAAUCUAAUUCAAAAUUUGUAGAUGUGGAAUGUGUAGGGUUUUCCAAUAAUUUAUGUGAUUGGUGUAUAUUGGAAUGCAAAAAGAAAAUUUCAACAGUGAGCCAAAACAAGAUAAAGUUGAAUGUAGGAUAUGUCAUGGCAAAUCAAGAAGAGAUCUAAUCUUGUCACCAUGUCUAUGUAAAGGCUCAAUGGCUUACGUUCAUUUCCGCUGUUUGGAACGGUGGCUCAACUACGCUUCCCGAGACACUUGUGAACUCUGCUCUCACAAAUUUAACGUGGAGAUGAGUCGUAGAUAUUCUUGCUGGCAAUCCGUCCGAGUGUGGCUGAGACAACCGACUAACCUGGCGUUUAUUUUGUGUGAUCUCGCCAUCGGAUUGAUAUUGACGUCGUUGGCCUUGGCCUUAGCUUUCGUCUGUAUACUCGGUCUUAACCACUUUAAGGAAGAAGGUUACAAUCAUGGCAUAUCAGGAAUUUGGAGUGAAGGAAUUAUGAAUUUCUUCCUGUUGAUAUUGAUUUCCGGGUACCUUGCGACAAUGUAUUCAAUGGCGAGAGACCAUGUGGGUCCUUGGUACCGAUGGUGGAAACGGUGCUGCAAUGUGAGACUUAUAGUGGAUGAAAUAUCUACAACUUCUAUGCUAGAAUCUAAUGAUGCAGCCGACAAACUGGUCGGAAAAAAUGAUAAGGCUGAGAAAAAUGUGGAAAUCUGCGGUGUAAUUCAAGUUUGUCGAGGAGAAAAAAAUAAUGAGAGUAAUGUCUGUGAAAACGCAACUGGAAAGGUAAAUAAUAAUUCUGAGUCAGUCAUAGAACUGUUAUUGGAAAAUAACUGUUCAGGUAUUGUUGGAAUAAACAAUGUUAUAGAAACGUAAUCUGAAAUUGUGUACAAGCAAAUAAAGUAAUGAGAGGAA